AUUUAUCAGCGAUGUGAGACUUGUAGGUGAAUUUGAUGGAUUCAAACUGGAUGUUUUGAUGAUGUUUACCUACCUACAUCAAUGCCGUGAAUGGAAUUGGGUCCGUCGAUUUAUAAUCAUGACUUUGUCAGGAUAAUUGGUUCGACAAUCGAGCUUGAUGAAGUAUAAAUAUGUCGACAAAGAUGGCUUCUCUGGAGAUAUAUACAGAUAAAUUCUGAAUUCCAAGUCCUUUUCAGCUUCAAUCCUACAGAUUUCUCCAAUCUCUUUCUCCACACUUCCACAAGUCGUCAUCAUGGCCAAAACUAUCGUCGUUCUAGGAGCAACUGGCAUACAGGGUGGUGCUGUAGCUGCCAAAUUUCUCUCACUAGGGUGGAAAGUCCGAGGGAUCACUCGAAAUACCUCAUCGCCAUCAGCCCAAGCUCUCUCAAAUCAAGGCGUAGAGGUUGUCAGUGCCGAGCAAGAUGACCCAGCCUCACUUAUCCCAGCUUUCUCUGGCGCAGAAGCAAUCUUCGCUGUCACAAAUUUCUGGGAACCGUUCUACAAAAAGUAUGAAGAGCUUUCCAGGCAGGGAGAUCGGGUCACUGGUGAAUACGCUGCUGCCAUUGAGAUUCGUCGAGGCAAAGCAAUUGUCGACGCCGCGGCCAAAAUUUUGCACGAAGAAGGGAAACUUGAGAGAUUUAUUUGGAGUACCCUGCCCCCUUUCAAGAAGUUGAGUAAAGGAAAAUAUACCUAUGUGUACCAUUUUGAUGCAAAAGCGGAGGUUGCGACGUAUUUGCAGAAAGAGCAGAAGGAUUUGUGGGAGAAGAGCAGUUUGCUGAAUAUGGGCAUUUAUACAACAAAUGUGAAAGAAUAUGGGGACUCCUUCGGAUUAAAAAAAAGAACUCGUGGAACUGAUACGCCUACGAAGGAUGAUGGUUCGGGUGAAUAUGUUUACCACAAUGCCAGUCCAAAUGAAGCGGAACAUCCAUUUGUUGUACCGACUGAUGCAGGUGCUUUCGUGGAAUUGUUGGUUCGAAGUCCUCCAAAGCAAGACUUAUUGGGAGUUAGCGAAGCAGCAAGUCUCGUUACCUUUUUCGAGAUCUGGGAACAGGUAACUGGGAACAAAGUCACUUGCGAAGAAGUGACUGUCGAAGCCCACGAUAGGGCUCGCCCAGGAGGACUUGGAAGAGAAGCAGCAGAGUCCAUGGCUGCUAGUGCGGAAUUUGGAUGGGGAGACCUCGUCUUGCCUAAAGAUCUUGAUUCCAAUGUCAAAUUCACCAGUAUAAAAGAGUACAUGGAAAAGGCAGACUGGAGUGGAUAUAGAUAA